AUGUCGUCAGUGAAGGUGGCAGUGAGGGUUCGACCCUUUAACUCUCGCGAGAUAGCCAGAGAAUGCAAGUGCAUCAUUGAAAUGUCUGGCAACACUACAGUCAUAAUAAAUCCAAAACUGCCUCCGAACAACAAGGAAAGCGCUAAAAGCUUCAACUUUGACUUCUCCUACUGGUCACAUAACCCAAGUGAUCCAGAAUUCUCAUCUCAAGUGAUGGUGUACAAGGACAUCGGCGAAGAAAUGCUUCAACAUGCCUUCGAUGGCUACAAUAUAUGCAUUUUCGCGUAUGGCCAAACUGGUGCUGGUAAAUCCUACACUAUGAUGGGCCGUGGAGAGGAUUCUCAAGAGGGCAUCAUACCUCAGAUUUGUAAGGAUCUGUUCCGACGUAUUCGACAAACGACAUCGGAAGAUCUUACUUAUUCGGUGGAAGUGUCCUAUAUGGAGAUAUAUUGCGAGAGAGUACGUGAUCUUUUGAACCCGAAGAAUAAAGGCAAUCUGCGUGUUCGUGAGCACCCAGCUUUAGGACCUUACGUAGAGGACCUCAGCAAGCUAGCAGUGAUGUCCUACCAGGAUAUAUACGAUCUCAUCGACGAAGGAAAUAAAGCCAGGACGGUUGCUGCAACCAACAUGAACGAGACAUCUUCUCGCUCUCACGCCGUCUUCACGAUAUUUUUCACGCAACAGCGACACGACAAAACAACCAAUUUGGUUUCUGAAAAGGUAUCAAAGAUUUCGUUGGUGGAUCUUGCUGGUUCUGAGCGCGCGGACUCCACUGGGGCGAAGGGAACUCGUCUAAAAGAAGGCGCUAACAUCAAUAAGUCACUCACCACUCUUGGGAAAGUCAUUUCCGCGCUCGCUGAGAUUGCGUCAAAGAGCAAGAAAUCAAAGAAGGCAGACUUUAUACCAUACCGCGACUCUGUCCUCACAUGGCUGUUGAGAGAGAACCUCGGCGGUAACUCAAAAACAGCUAUGAUAGCUGCCAUAUCACCAGCUGAUAUCAAUUACGACGAAACGCUCAGUACACUCAGAUACGCUGAUCGAGCCAAGCAGAUUGUUUGCAAGGCUGUUGUCAAUGAAGAUGCCAACGCUAAACUCAUCAGGGAGCUUAAAGAAGAAAUACUCAAGCUACGGGAACUGCUUAAGGCUGAAGGGAUCGACGUGCAAGAAGGACCAGAUGGUAGAGUCGUUUAUGAAAAGAAAGAACCCCCUACCACAGGAGAGGAGAACACCCAACCUCGCAAGAGUGAAUCUGAGGUGUCACCGAAAUUAUCUCGUGCGGCAACCAUCGCUGAAGAAGCCGUCGACCAAUUGCAGGCUUCGGAGAAACUUAUCGCGGAAUUGAACGAAACUUGGGAGGAGAAAUUGAAACGUACGGAGCAGAUACGCGUUCAACGGGAGGCUGUGUUCGCUGAGAUGGGUCUCGCAGUUAAAGAAGGGGUCACAGUAGGGGUCUACUCGCCCAAAAAGACCCCCCACUUGGUCAAUCUCAAUGAGGACCCCAAUUUGUCAGAAUGUUUACUGUAUUAUAUCAAGGAUGGUGUAACUCGUCUUGGGACAGCUGAAGCGAACGUUCCCCAAGACAUUCAGCUGUCAGGAUCACAUAUCCUGAGUGAGCACUGCAUCUUUGAGAAUACAGAUGGCGUUAUAUGUUUAAUACCACACGCUGGAGCAUUGGUUUAUGUUAAUGGAAGAGAGGUCACGGAACCAAUAAUCCUGAAGACCGGUUCCCGUGUGAUCCUUGGCAAGAACCACGUGUUCCGGUUCACACACCCUGGACAACCGAGGGAGGAGAUGAUCUCCAACAAGGCCGUUGAUGAUAAGCCGGGAGCCAAUGACGUAGAAGCAUCAAACGAGACGGAACCCAACGUAGAUUGGGACUUCGCUCAAUGUGAACUGCUAGAAAAACAGGGCAUUGACCUCAAGGCUGAGAUGCAGAAGAGAUUGAUGGCCAUCGAAGAACAGUGGAGGAAAGAGAAAGAGCAUGCGGACCAACAGUUUGAGGAACAGAGAAAGAAUUACGAGGCUCGUAUAGAUGCUCUGCAGCGUCAAGUCGAGGAACAGAGCGUCACAAUGUCCAUGUACAGUUCCUACACACCAGAUGACUUCCAUAACGAUGAAGAUAUCUUUGUGAAUCCCCUGUUUGAGACAGAGUGUUGGUCGGCCCGCGAGGUGGGGCUGGCGGCGUGGGCCUUCCGCAAGUGGAAGUAUCACCAGUUCACGUCGCUGAGGGACGAUCUGUGGGGCAACGCCAUCUUCCUUAAGGAAGCGAACGCUAUAUCCGUGGAACUGCGGAAGAAGGUGCAGUUCCAAUUCACCUUGCUAACCGACACUCCAUACUCUCCACUGCCCGCUGAACUUGCUCCGAGGGACGAAGCUGAUGAUGAAUACAGACCUUCAGCACCCACAGUGGUAGCCGUGGAAGUAACAGACACCAAGAACGGCGCCACACAUUACUGGACGUUGGAAAAACUGCGACAUCGGCUGGAACUGAUGCGUCAGAUUUACAACAUGAACGAGGAUGUCAGGGCUGUCAGCGAGGUCGACGUCUUGCCCGACCCUGACGUACUGCAAUGUAUAGCUGCCUGCUCCAACACCAGACUAUCACUCGCCAACCUUCUACCAUCGAGGCAACGUUUAGAGCUGAUGCGUGAGAUGUACCACAACGAGGCGGAGUUGUCACCAACCUCGCCUGAUCACAACAUAGAGUCAGUGACCGGUGGGGAUCCCUUCUAUGAUAGGUUCCCCUGGUUCCGUCUAGUUGGACGGAGCUUCGUAUACUUGUCGAACCUCCUGUAUCCGGUUCCACUCAUUCACAAGGUCGCUAUAGUGAAUGAGAAAGGAGACGUGAAGGGCUACCUGCGGGUCGCCGUGCAGGCUGUUAUCGACGCCGAAAAAAAUAAUGCUGAAUUCGUUGCUGGCGUGAAACAAUCAGCAAAAAUUUCAUUCGAUGAUGACAUCGUACCAGUACGGUCGAGGCUUAAAGCUAUAUCCAACGUUGAAAAGAACAACGUCAUCAACGCUAUAAAUAAUGAAGACAGACCAGAACAGGAUUCUAACAUCAAGAUUGAAGAGCUGGCAGUAGGUGAGUGUGAUGCAGAUAGCGGCCGUGGAGACAGUUCGUUAGCCUCAGAGUUGAAGGAUGAAGAUCUUCCCGAUCAUUUGACUCUUGGUCGCGAGUUCACUUUCAGAGUGACUGUGCUACAAGCUCACAGUGUGGCCACGGAUUACGCUGAUGUGUUCUGCCAGUUCAACUUCCUGCAUAGAAACGAAGACGCCUUUUCAACUGAACCGGUCAAGAAUACCGGUAAAAAUACACCACUAGGAUUCUAUCACGUUCAAAAUAUUACUGUACCUGUAACAAAAUCUUUCGUUGACUAUAUAAAAUCCCAACCGAUCGUCUUCGAGGUAUUCGGACACUAUCAGCAACAUCCUUUACAUAAGGACGCCAAACAGGAUGGGCCUGUGGGUAGGGCUCCGCCCCGUCGUAUGUUGCCACCGUCGCUGCCUAUAUCAGCCCCGGUCCGAAGCCCUAAGUGGGGUGCUGCGAGUGUAGCGCCUCCCUGCUGCUCAUCACACUUGCAUUCGAAACACGAUCUGCUUGUUUGGUUCGAGAUCUGUGAACUGGCACCAAGUGGAGACUACGUACCGGCUGUGGUAGAGCACAGCGAUGAGUUGCCAUGCCGCGGACUUUUCCUCUUGCACCAGGGUAUACAACGAAGAAUUCGCAUCACCAUCUUACAUGAACCCUCAUCUGAUCUGCAGUGGACAGAUGUCAGGGAGCUUGUUGUUGGUCGUAUCCGUAAUACACCAGAAGCCAGCGAAGAUACAGACGGAGAUGAAGAUGGAGCACUCUCUCUUGGAUUGUUCCCGGGAGAAAGACCUACUCUUGAUGAUAGAGCAGUUUUCAGAUUCGAAGCCGCUUGGGACAGCAGUCUACACGGCUCGCCUCUCCUCAAUAGAGUCAGCGCUAACGGCGAAGUAGUUUACAUCACACUCAGCGCUUACCUCGAGGUCGAAAACUGUGGUCGUCCAGCUAUCAUAACCAAAGACUUAUCCGUGGUGGUUGUUGGUCGCGAGGCUCGUACAGGCGCGGGUCGCUCUCUGCGGAGAGCUCUCUUCGGUUCCAAAGCCGCUCGAGCCGAUCGCCUCACUGGACUAUACGAACUCAGUCUACAUAGGGCUUUGGAACCAGGAGUCCAGCGUCGUCAACGCCGUGUGCUAGAUACUAGCGGUACCUACGUACGUGGAGAGGAAAAUCUACACGGCUGGCGACCGAGGGGUGACUCACUCAUAUUCGACCACCAGUGGGAAUUAGAGAAGAUGACUCGUCUUGAGCAAGUGAGCCGCACGAGACACUUCCUGGCGCUACGGGAACGACUACGACACGGACACGAGAAUACUGUCGCGCCCAAUGACUUUACUAAAACUGAAAAGGAGGUUUCCAAUAUGGCGGCUAAGGCUGCGUCAGACUGUGCUCAUCUUCGUGAUGAAGCGGUGUACGAACCUUGGGAAAUGACCCCCAGGGAACGGGAACUAGCGACAAAAUACAUCAAACUUAUACAGGCAAGGAUAGGCCACAAUAAAGAGGUUGAGACGGCCGUAUCACCCGCCACGCCGGUCGACGAGGGAGUGUCGGCUGAUAUCUCUACACCGAGUCUGCUCUCCUCCAUACAUAGCGCCAGCAGCUUUGAGCUGUGUUCUCCGGAGCGUGCUCUGCUGGAGAAGGCAGGUGGAGGGUGGGGAGGGGUUAACACGACCACCGGCGGGGCUCUGUUCGUGCCCGACUGUGAGGAGGUGCGGGUGUCUGCGGCGGUCGCUCGACGAGGAUACCUUAAUGUACUACAACAUGGGACACACGGCUGGAAGAAACGAUGGCUGGUUGUUCGUCGUCCGUAUGUGUUCAUACAUCGUUGUGAACGUGAUCCCGUAGAGAGAGCCGUCAUCAACCUGGCGCACGCUCACGUAGAGUACUCUGAAGACCAGGAACAGAUGGUCAGGAUGCCCAACACCUUCAGUGUGGUGAGCAAGGAGCGCGGUUACUUGCUGCAGACUCUAGGAGACAAGGAGGUCCACGACUGGCUGUACGCCAUCAACCCGCUGCUGGCCGGACAGAUCAGGUGGCGCGCCGCGGGUCGCGGGCCCCCGCUGGGCCCCCGUCGGUCCCCGCAGGCGCCCCCGCGGCCCCCGCAGGCCCCCCCGCGCUCCAGGCCGGGCCCCCCGGGCCCCCUCUCGCAUGAGACGCCCUCAGCAUGGAGUCUAUCCUCGUUUUUUAAGUGCGUGGCCGACGGCCGCCUGUACGCGCACCGCCCGCUGCGUUCGCGGACUUCAUAUAGAUACUAA